AGAUUUUUCACCGUGUAACCAGGUGAACAUGGCUUCAUUCUCACUCAGCAUCUCACUUCUCUUCAUUAAUUUCUACAAAGCAGAUGGGUAUGAAAAUUAUUAUGUGUCUCGCUGUGAGUUUAACUCCACCGAGCUGAGUGACAUCACCUACAUCUACUCUUCGUUCUACAAAAGAAUGGAGAUCUUCAGGUUUGACAGCAGUUUGGGAAAGUUUAUUGGACAUACUCAGUAUGGCGUGAAGCUCGCUGACUGCUGGAACAAUGAUCCUGAGGAGCUGAACAAGUGGAAAGCUCUGAAAGAGACAUACUGCCUCAAAAACGUGAAAAUAGAAUUCAGCAGUUUUGUCACCAAAUCAGUCCAGCCCACAGUGAGAGUUCAGUCUGUGGUGCACCCUGCUGGUCAUCAUCCUGCCAUGCUGCUGUGCAGCGUGUACGACUACUAUCCUAAAAAGAUCAAAGUAAGCUGGCUCCGAGAUGGACAGGAAGUCAUCUCUGAUAUCACUUCCACAAAUGAAAUUGCAAAUGGCGACUGGUACCAUCAGAUCCACUCUUAUUUAGAGUACGAGCCCAGGUCUGGAGAGAAGAUCUCCUGUAGGGUGGAACACGCCAGCCUGAAGGAACCUCUGAUUACAAACUGGGACCCAUCCAUGCCUGAGUCAGAGAGAAACAAGAUUGCUAUUGGAGCUUCAGGAAUGAUCUUUGGUCUGAUUUCAUCUUUGGCUGGAUAUCUCUACUAUAAGCCUAAGGCCCAAGGUCUUGUCCCAGUCCCAACCAAUUAGACGGAGAUCCAUGAAAAUAUUAUACUUUUUUCAUCUUGUGUCGAUGGAACUGAAGCUAUUUUAAGGACUGCAUUGGGAUACUAUGACUAGAUUUUAAUGGUUAACAUCGCCGUCCUGUUCAGCCUGCUUUCUCCCCUCCGAUCAACCAGAAAGUUAAACUGAGUUCUGUCAGGUUGAGUGGAGGUUUGAAGGACCCAAAUGCAGACAUUGAAGCUGAGGUGAUUUUUUGCAAGUUUAAUAACAAAAGGUGGUAACUGAAACAAAAUACCAAAGUACAGAAAACGUCUGGAAAAACUCACUUGACGGGCAAAGAAAUUACUCCGAUGAACAGGCAAACAGUGAACAGGAGGUGUAUAUAUGGGAGAUAGAAACAAUGACCAGGUCAAUGAUCAGAUUGGGAGCAGGUGAUGACGGAGGAAUCUAGAAGAGAGCAAGAGGAAAGGGGACUGACACAAGAGUGCAACAGAGGGCAAACACGAAAUACAUAAGCACUCAAAUACAAUCAAAAAUUUGAAAAAUUGAUUGAUUGACUUUAUUGAUCUCA